AUGGCGGCUUCGUACCAGCCCCAGCUGGUGUUCGUCGACGGCUCCUUCGCGGAGCUGGCGCAGGACAUGGCAAGCGUGCUCCAGAUCAGCGACGAGAUCCAACCUCUUCUCGACAGCGAGAAGGAGAGUGAAGCGCUGGCCAAGAUUGUCAGCGAGUCCAAGAAGCUGAACGCGAUCCCGGAGAAGGAGUUCACAGGCGCCUACAACCUUCUCGUGCAUCUGGUCCUGCAAUCAAAGGAGCCCAAGAAGCACCUGCCAACAAUCUGCCAAAACCUCACGAGGCCCGUCACAUCGUCGCCCCAGCACGGUGCCCAAUUAGCACUCUUCGAGCUCACGAGCAUCUUCAACCUUCUGAAACCAAACGACCCAGUGCGGUUCAACGUUUUCAUCCAGAUCAUCCGUUUCUACAAGAUCCACAGCAUCCCAAUCUCAGACCACCUGAAGAAUGCUUUGAAGCAGUUGCCGAGAUGGCUGCAGAACUGGGAGCUGGAUGAGGAGGACCAGCGCAAGAUGUACUUGGAGGUUAUUGAUGUCAUGACGGCGGCUGGAGAGGAGGAGGAGGCAUAUCAACACAUACUCAAAGCGCUACGUACCUUUGACUCCGAGGAUGCCGAGGAUUACACCUCCGAGGAGGCCCAGCAGCUUGCUCUCCGCGCCCUGCGCUCCGCGAUAUCGUCACCAACCAGGCUCUCGUUCGAGGAUAUUCGGGCAUUGCCCGCUGUCCACGCUCUCAGCGAGUCGCACCCUGUCCAUUAUCAGCUUCUGCAGAUCUUCGGCGAGCAAGAUCUUGACGACUAUGACGACUUCAGGGAGGAGCAUGAGGGCUUCAUCGAGAAGGAGAAUCUCGACAAUGAGGUUCUCUACCGAAAGAUGCGACUACUCACAUUUGCGUCGCUGGCAGCAGCAAGCAUGCAAACUCGUGAGAUAUCCUACAGCUCCAUUACCAAGGCGCUCCAGAUCCCUUCAGAGGACGUUGAGAUGUGGGCAAUCGACGUUAUACGCGCUGGCUUGGUUGAGGGCAAGCUUUCCCAGAAGAAGAAGGUCUUUUUGAUCCACUCGGUCAGAUACCGUGUGUUUGGCGAGAAGCAGUGGCGCCAGCUUGCAAGCUCGCUGGAGAAGACCAAGAAGACAGUCAGCACCCUGCUUCAGACGCUGCGCAGGGAGGAGGCGAAUGCGCAGCAGGAGGCUGAGCGCAAGUUGGUCGAGGCGAGCACUCAGCAUAACAACGAUCGUGGCAACCAAAGGCGAGGCGGCAACCGUGGCCAACAACACCGUGAGCGUAACGACAAUGACGAUUGA